AUGCCAUUGUCAAAUGGGGUAUCUGAAGAACAAAAUGGUUGUCUAAGUCAUGUGCAGCUAUUAAUAGAAAAGCUUUCCGAUGUUUCUAAAGCUUGGAAAGUUCGUGCUACAGACAAUAUUCUUUGGAAGAAGCAUUGUACGUCCGCCGAUUUUCUUUCAGACAUUCCUAAAUCCUUUAAACAUAACACUUUAGCUACUGAUUACUAUUUCCAGCUUUACAGACAUAAUGUUUUGGUUGAACAGAAUUGGGAGAAUUUUCAUUUCACUCAAAAUGUUUUCCAAGCUCAUAAAGAAGGAAUCACAUGUAUAUCUGGUUCUGAAGAUUUGUUUUAUACCGGAUCUUUUGAUAAAUCUAUUAAAAUCUGGCAACUACCUAGUAAAAAACAUUUAUCUACUUUAGAUUAUCAUUCCGAAGCUGUUCAAUGUUUGGCUUUAGGUAAAUCAAUAUUAGUAUCUGGUAGCUGGGAUAAAACAAUAAUUGUAUACACUAUUGAUAAUAAUUAUUCAAUAAAAUAUAGAUUGCAUGGUCAUCUGGCUGGUAUAAUUUCUUUGACUAUGUUUCCAGAUGAAACUUUAUUAUUUUCUGGUUCAGUAGACAAAAUUAUACGUAUUUGGAAUUUACAAAACGGUGAAUGCUUGCACAGACUUGGUGGAAUUGGAGGAACAGUAGGUACUUUAUCACUGAUUCCCAAAAAUCCUUCUCCUUCUUCAAAUAACAUCAUUGAUCAUAAUGAAGAACAUAUUCAAUAUUAUUUGGUUUCUGGAUCAAAUGACAAUUCAAUUCUAGUUUGGGAUCUCUGUUAUGAUGAUGCUGACAAUGGCAAUGAUACUCAAAAACAAAAAUCAUCAUUGAUCAAAAAUAUAUCAAUUAAAAAACCUCGAAUAAUUAAAAGAUUAGAAGGUCAUACCAGAGCUAUCACUUGCUUGACAUGGUAUAAAGAUACUUUGGAACAACAAAUCGAAUCAUUUGAUCAAGAAAAUUCUUAUUUAGAAGACAACCAUCACAAUAAUUUAGUUCACAUCAAUACAUCAAAAUUUACAAGAUCCAGGUCAGCAUCACCAGGUGGUACCGAUGUUUCUGAAGCUGGUGAUUAUAUGGAUCUAGAUGAUUUGAACUUGACCAAUGAUACUAAUAAUAUUAUUGAUAGCAAUGAUAAUGAACCUCAAAUAGAUAAUGAUAAUUCAAUAGAAGAAAUAGGAACAUCAUCAUCAAAUAUACAUGACUCAAUAGAAAAUUCAUUAAGAAAUAAUAAUGUUAAUAAUGAUCCAAAUGUUAUUGAAAAAAUUAGAAUUAUUUCAUCAUCUGCCGAUUCUACUAUUCAUAUAUGGGAUUUUAACACAGGUCAAUUAAUUGGCAGUGCAAAAGAUCAUAAUGACAUAGUAUGGGAUCUUCAAUGUAAUUCAUCUAGACUUGUUUCUGUAUCUUCAGAUGGAUUUAUUAAAGUGCGAUCAUGGCAAAACCGCAAUGAUGAUAAUACUAACCCUUCAUCAUCAUCAUCAAACACCAAUCGAAAAAGAAAUUAUCAUUUCCCACAAUCUUAUGACCAUGAGAAAAUCCUUUUUGCUCCAGCUGCUGCGCUUGUUGAAGUUGAUUGCGAAUGGUUUGCAUAUAAUAGGUCACCUGCUUAUAAUGUUCUUAAUGACAUUUUAACAACUUCAACAAAUAAUGGACCUAAUUCAGAUCAAUCAAGUUAUUCAGAUUCACCAACUGAUAGAGAGAUUACUGUGGAUGAUUGCAAUGAUCAAAAUGAAAAUGAUUUUGGAAAUUCAUUUCUUUGCAAAUUGUUACCAAUUCAGAUAGAUUGUGAACGUGGUGCUUUUAUAAUUGGCAAUCCAAAAACACCUUCUCUUCUGGUUGCUGAUUUUUCACAAUCAAGUGGUAUAUAUGAUGCUUUUGGAGAACCAAAAAUACAUUUGGAAACUAAUUUAGAUUAUAAAGAAACAAAUUUAGACACAGGUGCUCGUAUGGAAGAAGAAAAUAUAAUAAAUGUUAAUUCACCUGAUGACACCAUUAAUGGGGAGUAUGCAAAAGAACAAAACAUCCUUGAAUGUUUAGGACUAGAAUUAAAUUAUUAUGCUGAUGUUGCUGGAAAAGUUCCUUCUAAUCCAAUACCAAUAACAGAUAAUGAAGAAAUGGAUAUAGGAAAUGGAGAUGUAUCACCAGAAUGGGGUGUUGAACUUGUUUUUUCAGGUGCACAAUUAGCUUAUGGUCCUUGGGCAGAUCGUCAAAGAGCAUUUCUUCAAAAUUUUUUCUUUCCACCUUUAUACCGUAAUACUGAGCAUACAAAAAGAUUAAAAUUUGGUGACACUAGGUUACAUACUUCAUUAAAGAUUCAAAUUCAAUUUGAUUGCCCAUUCACUUUUAAAGUUCCAUUUAAAGAAAAUUCAAAGGAUUGGAAAUAUUCACAAAAUAAUAUAAUAUUUCAAGGUUUUAAUGGAUCAAGACCAUGUGGUUGGUUAGAAUUUAAAGUUGAUAAAAAUGCAAUAAUUAAUAUAACAUUGCCAAUGGUGUAUCCAAAGGAAGGGUAUUCUAAUAAGGUUAAAAUAUUGCUUGAGGAAAUUAAAGUGAAAACAAGUGUUAAUCGUCAUUCACAAUUGAUCUAUGCAAAACAAUGCAAGUUAGAGUGCAAUUUGCCAAGCCCUUUAGCUUGGAAUGAACCACGCAUAUGGUCAUUUGAUAUUCAUUUUUUGGAUGCACAAAUAUUUCUAUUGAGAGAUUACAUAACACUUAUUCAAGAUUUAAUAAAGGAUUGGACAUCUGGUCCUUCACCUGAUCAAUUACAUUUUAUCCCAAUGGAAUAUCAACUAAAUCCUCAUUUCACUAAUUUUAGAUUGUACCUUUAUGUAAAUGAGAAUAAUAUUAUAGAUGAUCCAGCUGAUAUUGAUGAUAAUUCUUUUAUAAUUAUAGAAGGAUCACAAUUAGCAUCAAAUGUAGUAAUUCCUUUAUUACGAUACAAUGAGUUAAUUACAAAAAUAAUUUUUGGUUUAGAGGCUACAACCACUACAUCACCUAAAGUAUCACAAACACUUGGUGCUUUUUUGUCAGAGGAUGCUAAAAAAUUUGGGCAAGUCAGAUUCUUUACAGUUGAAGGUUCCUACCAAUAUUAUAAUACUGUAGAUCCAAAUCAUGUUGAAUCCUUAUCAUUAAUGAUGAAGGGAAAUGACGUUAGCUUAAAACUAUUUGGUUUUGUAAUUCGAUAUUUUUUAAUUCUUCAAGCAAAUUAUUUUGGAGCUUUUAUAAAUUUCAUGACAUUAGAUGAAUAUAAUGACUCAAAAAAGCAAAAAAAUCAUUUAGAAUAUAUAAAACCACUAGCAGACCCAUUCGAAGUUUAUAUGGCCAUUAUUAUUGAAAAUGGUACUUUAUAUCUUCCAGAGAAUUUAUAUGACGCUCAAAAGAAAUCGGUAAUACAAUUUCAUGAAUUACAACUUGAUUUAAGAAAUUUAGAUAUUUAUAUGGGUCAUCCAUUAACAUGGACUCUAUGUCCUGAGAAUGUUAAUACUAAAACCAAUUCAAGAUCAAAACCACCAAAACCAUUAAAAGAAUCUGAUAAUUAUUUAUUUAUAAAUGAUUUAAACAUAUAUGCUCAUCGAUUAUUUGGACCGUUACCAGAAACAGCAACAUAUGUUUGUAACUGGGAUAUAAACAUUGACACUAUAUCUGGACAAUUAAAACCAUCGUUUUUAAUAAGUGCUGGCUCAUUUGUAGAAUCAUUUGUUUAUCAUUAUAUUGAUGAUGAAAAUGCGCUGCCUGCCGAGUUUGCGGCUCCUUUGUAUCCCGAUGUGGUUUUUGUAGAUUUUAUCGUAAAAGAAAUUGAUGUCUCCAUUUGGUGUCGUGAUAGUAGAACCCAAAUACUUCUAAAGGAAGGUCUUAACGUUAAAUUUGAUGAUUUGGCAAAUGAAAAAUUCCUUCAAAGAACUGUCGUUAACCUGCCAGAUUUAGUAAUUAGAAGUUUGGCAAUGUCAUCAUCAUCGUCUUCUUCAUUAGCUGCUGCAGCUGCACAUGAUAUUAACAAAGAAACGGAAACUCAUCCUUGGGUAGAAGUUGCAAGUCUCGAAUGUGCUUUUGACGUGACUAUAUUUCGUACCACGUCCGGUUGGAAACAAAAACUUGAAAGUCAGCAGGCUUUCAUCAAAGAACAGGAUAAAGAAACGCUUAGAGUACCAUUUCUUUAUGAAAAUAGUCCUGAUAAUUAUGAAGAUCUAUUGGAGAAAAAUGGACGUCAUUUUGGUUCUUUAUAUGUUCCACCUAUGCCAAGUCCAUUAACAGAUGAAAAUGAUAUGGGUUCUUUGCUUUACAAUGAAAGUACCAAUUCAUCAAUGAUAGAUUUAUCUGAAAAUCAAAAUAGAAAUGAUAGACUAGCUCCUUUUAAGAAUUAUGGUUUUUUAGGUCGUUAUUUCUAUGAUAGUACAAGAAAUAAUGAAAUUGAAGCACAAAAUUCAGCAAGUGACCUAAUCGAUGAUACAUCUACACCAAUAAAACGAUCUAUUCCUUAUGGUAAUUAUCUUAGAAGGUUUAGGUUAACCUCAAAACAACAUCCUACUUCUUCACUCACCAGUUCAUAUUUAAGACCUUCCCAAUUACUAUUUAUUCCAGCUAAGGCAACAGAAGAAAAAACAACUAUUGUUUUCGAAACUAUAAAACCAAUUAAAGUUCUUUUAACACCAAUUUUUUUAAAAAUUGUAGAGGAAUUUUUGGAGGAUGUUAAAGAUCAGAAUUGGGAUAUUGAAGCAAUGCUUGAUGUGAUGCAGAUGCAUUAUAUUGGUGAACUUACUCGUCUAUUUCCAUUUAAAUAUAAGACAAUUUCGUUCGCCAUCUCAAUUCCACAAGUUUAUCUACAAUUUAUUCAAGAUGUUCUUUUACCAGGCGAUUUGACUAAUGCUAACGAUGAACAUCCAGGAAUUCGAACCAGAUAUGAUAUAAGUGACACGACCUUAUGUGCAAUGGCAGAAAUUAUUUUAGUUCAGACAUUGUUAACUGGCUUGGGAAAACCAAAACAAUCAUUAGAAAUUAUAGAGUCGAGAGCCAAUCUAGACUUUGAUUAUUUGAAACUUAAUGUGAUAUUUGUUGCUGAAUCCAAUCGUUUCCGGAUAUUUGGAAUUCCUAAUUCAAUGAACCGCUUCAAAAAUACAAGUUUCCCACCAACAAGCUCUUUAGACAAUGAAACAGUUGUGUUGGAUCUUGUCUUGAAAAAUUUAAAGAUAAAAUGGAUAGGGUGUAUGCAACCAAACUAUUUUUCAUCUGAUCUUACGGAUUUAAAUGGCCUAUGUAUCAAACAAUCUCCAGAAAUUUUAAUUGGUGCAAUUUACUGGUGGUUGGUAUUUGCAGAAGAUUUGACCAAUCUAUUAGACAAGUUCAAAUCGCACAGAACGAAAAAAUUACAGUCUCUUAUUUAUGAGAUUGCAAGAUUUUCAGAUUCUGGCAAUGUUAAUAGUGAUCCAUUUUACCUGACAUGUACAUUAAGCACUUUUCGACUAGGAACAAAUAAUCUCAAGUGCGAUGAUGGAUGGAAAAUUUUAGGUCGUGUUAGACAUUGUAAAAGAAAUAUGCCUGAUAAGUUGGUAGAUCAAUUACAAAAUAAGUUGAAUUCUGGUAAUGAUAAUAAUUUUCAAUUCAUGAUGGAUUCAUUAGAGAUGUUCAAAUACGUUACAGGCGUUUUUUCAAAAUGUAAACAUUGGAAAAUUGAGAAUUUAUCCGAUUGCCAAUUAUUUACCAAUCUCUACAAAGUGAUAGUAACUGAAAAUUCUGAUAAUAAUAAUCUUAUUAAUCAAAUCCAAAAAUUUCUAACCAGUUCAACAAAUCAAGCUAAAUUAAGAAUUGGCAAUAUUAAAUUAUCGAUUCUGGAAGGUGAACUCGAGAAUUAUAUUGAUAUUGGAUCUAUAAUGUUUGAUUUCCAAAGUUUAUAUCAAAAAGAUGUUACCACACCAUCACCACAGCCUCUUUCUGCUGAAAUUUUUGAUCAAGAAUCACCUCAUAAUUCAAAUAAUAAUUUGUUGUCCACCGGUUACUUGGAUAUUCUCUUAAGAUUCGAAGUGGAUUGCAUUGGUGUAGGCGUGAAUCCUGAUAUGCUUGCAUUUGUAAAACAUUGGCUAAAGGUACAUAGAGUAUUUGCCUCAAAGUUUGAGACUUUAUCAAACAAGGGUAAACCGCCUAAUUUUGAAAAUAAUGCAACAAAAACAUCACCAUCAUCUAUAUACAAAUACAAAUCUGCUACACCUGCUAAUACUGUCAGCAGUAAUAAUUUACACGAGAUUAAAAUGGCAAAAGGAAAAGAAAAUAAAUCCAAAGAUACACGUCCAGAAACAUCAUCUACAUCGCUUGAUUUUAAAAAUUUGUUUACAAUACUCAAUUUAUCUAUGCACAAUACUAUCUCCUUUAAAACAAUCACAAUCACUGCCUCAGCACAAAAAUUAACAGCUCAAACAAAAUUAUCAAAUAUUCAUCUGUCAGCUUGGUUGAAUAGUCCAUUUCAUGCACUUGACAAAAUUGAUGGAGAAAUUGAUUCGCUUAAUAAAAGUACGUCACAGUCUGGUUCAAAAGGAAGUAAUAGCCGUGUUUCAAAUAGUUUGAUUAUUUCGGCCAUUGGUGGUAUUGGUAAUAUUUCUAAUAACAUCAUUGAAAAAAGUUACUCAGGCUACAACAAUACGUUGCUGUUCAUAGAACUUUCAGGUAUUAGCAUGAAUGUUGUACUGAGCUUGGCAACCUUUGGACGACCAAAAAGUAAAAUUGAUCUUGAACCACGUAAAGUCUUGAAUAUUCUAAUAACACUUCAAAAUAUUUCUUUUAAACUUCCACAAAGUCUUCUCAAGCUUUAUAAUUUUGUUGAAGAAUGGAGGACUGAAAAUCUUCCAAGCUAUGACUUUUUAUAUAAAGGAGUGUUGGGUGAAUUGGAUGAGCAAAAGAAAAUGAUUUCAAAACAUCCCAAAAAUCAUGAAAACCAUGAAUCUCGUACUUUUGAAAAAAACAUGCUUACAAAAAACGUAUUGGAAAUUAAACUUCAAAUUCUCUUAAAAAAAUUUUCAAUUCAAACUCAUAUGUUGCCAUCACUCAGAUUUCAAUACGAUGCAUCUGAUUUAUUACUUGUCUUGGAACAAAAUAAUUUUAUUCAUGGUGAUAGUAUAAUCAAUUAUUCAGGACAAUUAUCAAACCAAGAGAUUAGAUUCAUCACUAGGAAUAAGAGCAAAGGCAAAUCAACAUUUGAAAACUCCAUUAAUGAAGAAAGGGAUGCCGAUCAUAAAAAAGCAGCAUUUACUAUACCGGAAAUUAGAGCAAUUGGUAAAUUGAAAACGUGCGAACCUCAAAAAUCAACAGCUCUCAAUAAAAAAGUUGGUUCUACUACAGCAAUUGCUGGUAUUACUUCUUCAAUUGACAAGAAAUAUUCAAAAUUAGAAUCAGCCAUCACUUUAGAUUUAGUCAAAUUGAGCCUGAAUGUAAAUAUUAUUGAUAAUUUGUUAACUGCUCAUUCACUUCUUGGUAGUGAGUUGAAUGAUGUAUUGGAUGUGUUUUUAUUUUCUUCUAAAAGACUUAAAGAGAAAUCUUCGAAAGUUAGUAGUAAUUUGUCAACAACAACAGAGUCAUCGUCAUCCACAAUCAACAUAUCAAGUAAUGAAAAAGAUUCUUUACAAUAUAAUUUUGAAAUAUCUUUACGAGGAUUGAAAAUAUCAGCAGCAAGUCCUACAGCUGUUGUGUUUUUUGAAACAAAUGUUCUAAACGGAUCAAUAAAAAAUGUGCCUGUUGGAGACGGGUUAACAAAAGUGGAAUGGAAAUUUUCUGCUCAAAAUUUUUCUCUGUCACUUAAUCACAAUUCUGGUGCAAUUAGUAAAGUAAUAGCAGAUGAUGAUAUUCGUAAAUAUAGGAUUGCUUAUAUUUCAAUUGAUCUUACCUUACAAAACCAUAAACAGAAUGAACUAAAUACAAAAAAGAAUCAUAUAUUUGCACCAGAUGAUUCGUCUGAAAUCGUUGAAUCAUAUUUUUUGAAGUUGUUGAAAGUACACGCAGUAAUGCAACCAGUUGCUUUAGGUCGCCUUAUUGAUUUGUAUUUGUAUUACAGCGGCGAGUUGAGACGAAGAAAAGAACUAAAAGAGUCAGAUAUAAAUAAAUUGGCGGAAAACACUCGUAAACUAUUACAAUCGCUCGAAGUUGAAAUGCCAAAAUAUAAAGCAACUAGCAAAUCUUUGUUAAAUGAGAAAGUCUUAUCACUUGAGGUCAAUAAAUUUGCAAUUGCACUUCCGCUUGAUCUGCACGAAGAGUUAAUGGCAACAGCAGUUGAAAACUCUAGUGAUGUUCCAACUAAAUCACAAGUUCCAGCAUUUCUUCUUACAGCAACAUCAAUGAAGUUUAUUACAAGAAAAUGGAAAACAAGUAAUGCAACAUUAAAUGAUCUUUGUAUUCAAUUUGUUUCAGAAUUUGAUCAAGGAAACGAAAACCUUUUCAAUUCUCGUGCCAAAAUGAACCGAAUUUAUAUUCCCGAAAUAUCAUGUGAAGUGCAAAUGAUUGGAAGCGUUGACAAGAAACAAAUUGGUGUUGAUUCACGUGUUGAAGGAUUUGAAGUAGAUGUUAGUGGAAACAUUGUUAAUUAUGUCAACAAGUUGGGUGAAAUCUAUGCAGAUAGCAAAGAAAGAUUAGAAACUUUUACUGCAGAAGCAAAUUUAAAUUUAGGGUCUCAAUCUAAAUCUGUCCAGGAGAUAAAAAAUGGAAAUCCAUCAUCAAUUAACAAUAAUUCAACAACACCAAAUGUAAUAAAUUUAAUAUUGUAUGCAAAGUUUAUUGCUAAAAGUGGAAUAAUAAAACUAUAUCCAAAAAAUUAUGUCAAAAAAAAUCAUUCAAGAAAUAAUACAUUUUCAAAUAGAGUCGCAAGAUCAUCACAUGAUUCACGUGGAAGUGCAGCUUCUCUUCCUCGAUUAAAUUUGGAUGGGAUUGGUGGUUAUUCACAAUCUAAUUUAGAUGAUAUUUCAAGAAAAGGUGAACAAGGUGUUGAUACAAUAAUUAUACCGGGGCUUAGUUUGAAUACAAUGUAUCAGGCUAUUAUUGGUCAAAUAGUUCAAAAUGCUAACGAUUCACCAAAGAAAAGAAUACAUAUAGAAUUGGUAAUACAUCCGAGCGAAAAUAUAUUAUACCCAUCACUAGUAUUAUUCUUCAAGGAUAUAAUAGACGGUUUAAAAAUUGGUGUACAACAUUCUAGUGACAAAAAAGCAAUUGCGAUACAAGAUAGCACCUUACCGAUACAAGGCUUGAACAUAACGUUUUAUUUUAGACUUUCUCAUACCACAUUUAAUCUUAGUUGCAAGCCUACUUCAAAAGUAUUUUGUUUACUAAACUGGGAAGAAGGAACUUUUUUGAUAUCAUCUAAUACUGUUGAAGAAGGUCAAAGUAUAACAUGUAUUGGUAAAAUUAAAGGAGCCUCUGGAAAUAUUCGACACACCUUUUCACCUGAAGAUUGUGUUAAAGCUGAAACGAAAGAUAUUUCAUUUAGUGCAACUUUGAUGAGUAGACGAUCUGAAAAUAUUAAUGAUGAUUUUAUUUCGAUUAUUGUAGAAUUUCCUAGAAUUAUGGCCGAGUUGAACAUUAGACAUCUUCAAGACUUAAUGCUGCUCAAAACGAUAUGCGAUUUAGGUCAAGCAAUUGGCAAAGUUGAUUUUAAUUCUAAUAACAUCCAAAUGAGAACUAAAAAUAUACCAGGGAAAUUAAAAAAAUUCAUGAUAUCAACAGAUACUCUUGAUAUCAAUUGUGAAGGUCGUCUUGUAGGUACUGUAAAUAUGAGUGGAUUUAGUUUCCUAACACAAUUAGGAAUACCACCACAAUCAAUAGAUGAUGAACCUACCCCAGUUACAAAUCUGUUUUUUAGAACUGAACGUCUUCAAUCCUUGUUGGAAUAUGAGUAUCAAAAAAUACUAAUAUUAGAAAUAGAUCCUAUACAAUUUCAACUAACAGAUAAUUGGGAUAUCAAAUCUUUUGAAACUGCGAAUGUAUUGAUUCAUGCAGAUGUAAAGCUACAACAAGUUCAAGCUAUACUUGCAAUAAAAACAGUACCUAUAUUUCUUCGUAUGGGCAAUAGACUUUUAGCAUUGGUUGAAGAAAAAAGAAUGGCAGCUGCCAACGUAAUAUCUGAUUUGGAACAAACCAAACAUCUUAAUCCCACAAAUAAUAAUAUUACACAAAUAACAAGUGUUGCUACUCCAGAGAAAUCAAUUAAUAAAGUAACAACAAAAAAUAAACAACAACAAUUGACAUUCAAAGAUUUGUCCAUUGGAGGAUUAUCGAUUAAACCUACUGGAAAAAUUUCAAUUUUCAUAGAGAAAGCUCAUAUAACAAUAUAUCCAAAUCAUUUUCAUGAUUCUGGUUGCGUUCAAACAAGUUUUGAUAAACUUUCAGUGGAUAUGAAAAGAUCGAUAGACAAUGACGAAAGGAUUAAUAGAUUCCUUGAUAUGAAAAUUAAUGGCAUUGCUUUAUUAAAAAGUACAUGUAAAAAAUUAAAAAUUACAGAUGAAAAAGAAUUUUCAUUUCAAAAAUGGUUUGAGCAUGUUGAAGCAGCAUCCAACAAAAAUAUUUUUACUUUACCUAGUACACAUCUAACAAUGGAUACUAUACAAGGAAUAGAAAGUAAUGUUGUAGAUCACAAAUUCUCAGUAGAUUUUAGUGGAAAGGUUGACGUUGCUUUAAAUUUUGGACUAAUUAGAUAUUUACAGGAAUUAAAAGCACUAUACAAAGAACAAAUAAAGAAAAAUAAUGUUGGAGUUUUUGAUUUUCCUCGAUCACCAAUUAUAUCACCAGUAAAUACAUCAUCAGACAACACCUUUACAAAUACUGAUCAACAACAACUAUUAAUGCCAUCAUCAGCAACUAAUGAUAAAUCAGAGAUUCAAUUCAAUCCUAUAAAACCUGUAAAAUUAGAGCCACAAUUAUUUAUUUUAGGUGAUGCAACGCCACCAUUAGAAUGGGUUGGUGUUCAACGAGCAAAAAUUCCAGGUUUGGUUCAUACCACUAUAACAAUGAAUUUAGAUGAGAUCAUAAAUCAAAUCACCAAUGAAUCUUUUAAAGCAGCACAAGCAUUACUAUAG